AUGCAGGUGCACGGGGUCAUCGAAGAGGCCCUCGAGGAGCUGGUGGAGCCCCCCAUACACGAGGAGGAGGCCGCCCGAGAGGCCGCCAUACCGGCACAGCCUGCCGUAGUCACGAGUGAGGUGGAGGUCAAGGUGGCCGCAUUCGAGGAGGAGGCGCCGCCCAUGCUGCUGCCACCAGCUGAGGGGGAGAGGGAGGGCGAGAGAGAGAGACCGACGAGAGAAGAGCAGAAACCCGCCCGACUCGUCCGUCGUCCGUCUCAUAUUUCGUCUUUUCUCAGCAUUGUUGGCCUCUCCCCGCCAUCGAUGACGCCGUACAACCUCAACUCGACGGCCACGUAGAGCAGCGACACCGUACAUGGUGAGACCUCACGCCCCCAACUGCACCAACGGCUUCCCCCAGGGCUACGGAUCAUAUGAGGACCAGGUAAUACUGCAUGUGUGUAUGUAUGUGAUGGGCGCCAUGCCAUUGUCUCUGUAUGUGUGUGUGUGUCUGUGUACCUGCAGGGCGUCCGGGCCCCCCACUUCCGGAGGGGAGCAGUCAGACACACACAGACACUCACUCCGUGGCAGCAUCCAUGUGUGCUGUUGGUUCAGACCAACGAUGUUGAGUUCAAGAAUUGUUACGACGGACGGACGACGGCCGAGCAGCGCCUCUUCGAUCAGGCGUUGGUGAAGAUAGACAAGGGGCGGUAUAAGGCCGCGAAAAAGUUCUUCAGACAGAAGUGGAAGAAGGUGACUGACGGCACCGACCCAAACACGGCAACACAACCCGAAUGCACGUGUGCGUGUGUGUGUGUGUGUGUGUGUGCAGGAGGAGCAGUCGUUAGAGGAACUCAGGGAGCACAUCUGGCCGACCGAGGCCGACGAUGCCGAGCUGCGCGCCCAGCACCAGCAGUGGCAGCAGUUGCCGGACAAGAUAGAGGACGAGAUAGAGGCCAAGACGACCCUCAACGACUACCUCAUCACGCUCAAGACAGCAAACGUCAAGAAGCUCAAGAGACACAUUGGCUACUCGGGGGAGGGCAACUUGUCAAGCUGCCGCCAUCGUGCCGACUUCCGCGUGAAAAGGUGCGGAGGAAAGACCGAGGCGCGGCAAUUUCUUAAGUCGUCCGCUUUGUGUCUCAAUCGGGUGUGCGGCGAUCCAUCGCCGCCUACAUUUUAUAUCUGUGGGUCCCUUGUUUUAUACCCGUCGUGUGCCUUACCCCGUCGUGUGCGCGCGGCGUGUAAGCAGUCUAAAUAUACAAAUCAGGCCCCGUGAUAGGGCCUCUUGUCUGUGUGUGCAGAUGGAUCGCUGUCUACGUUUUAUAUUUGUGGGCCUCUCCUACCCCAUUGACGCCGGCUGGUGUGCAUGGACCGCAUAAUGACAUCUCGGCGGCCCCAAAGGGCAGUCAGUGAAGGCCUAAAUGCUAAAGGAAGAGGCUCAUGAACAUUCGCUGGUGUCUCUUCUCCGUCUGUUCCCUUCUCUGUCAGGUUCUUGACCUCAAGAGCUUGUACGAACUAUGGCCGAGGGCGUUACACACUUACAGAUGAGCAGCAAUUGGCGGCUGUUGUUAACAGUGCGCACGCGUGUGGAUGGAGUUUUCUCUGAGUUACCCCGCCACCAGCUCGCGCCAACCCAC